AUGAUGUCCAAUCCAAUUGAAAUUGAUGAGAUAAUUGCAAAUUUAAGAGCAACCAUCACAUCUAAUAAAGGUGGUGUACAAUUAAAUUGCAUUGAAUCUGAUUAUUAUAAUUUAAUUGGUGAACAUAUACCGUAUCGGAAACUAGGAUACAACACUUUGUCAGAAUUUCUUGAGUAUCUCAAGAUAUUUAAAAUUAAAAAUAUUGGAUUUAACAAAGUUGUGCAUGUUGUGAGUGAUGGAAAGACUCGACAUUUGGAAAAAAUGAUAAAUAAACAAAAAACAAAAAAGUCCAAGCGUUCAAAAUCUAAGUUUCGUGCGGUACCAUCUAAGAAUUUGAAUUAUACCUACAAUAGCUAUAACAGUUCUAUGCAAAUUUGGUUGAAAAAAAAAAGCAAACCGGUCAAUAGUUUUGAAAAACAUGCCGCUGAUGUAAAGAAUACCAUCAAAGAAAAUGUCAGAUUGUCAAAAAUACAACAUGAAAAUAAAAUAUUCAAAAAAAAAGAUGAACCAAAAGUAUUUGCUCAAGACCGGUUACAAAAAUAUGAGAAAAAAGAUAUUUAUCAAAUUGAGGUUCAGCUAGAGGUUUCUUUAUUUAAAUUAGAAUUAUGGUCAUUAUAG